AUCAGGUUGGUACUUCUGACGGAGUCACGGAUAUUUGGGGUUUUGUAUCGGUCGGCUGAUGCCUAAUGUACCUUUUCAGUGCGCAACGUUUGCCAGUAAACACGUGGUUGCGAUUGUAAUUAUUGAAUCUAAGGCGAAUUAAUCUGCGAAUCACAAUGCCGUUAGCGAGAGACUUUCUGCAUCCGAGUCCCAUUGAGGAGAAGAGGAAGCACAAGCUGAAGAGGCUUGUGCAGAAACCGAACAGCUACUUCAUGGAUGUCAAGUGCCCGGGCUGUUAUGCUAUCAAAACCAUUUUCUCACAUGCUCAGAGGCCAGUAGAGUGCGAUGGAUGCCGUACAAUACUCUGCACACCAACGGGCGGAAAGGCAAGAUUGACCGAGGGCUGCUCAUUUAGGAGGAAAGUGCAGUGUUAAUUAUAUGGAAUGUAUCUGCUUCUCUUUAUAUGCGAUAAAUAAACAAUCAAUUAUAUAUUAUAAUUGAUUUGACAUAA